UCACCAUGCGUCGGAAUUAUGCGCCUUUUAUUUAUUGCAUUUAUUCACAUGGCACAGGCAAACAAACAAGCUUUCAUACAGUCAGUCAACAUCCUGGAGGUACUACAUUUUGGGGAAGGAAGCCUCUUGCAGCUGCCAUACUUGUAACCAUCAGCAGGAGAAAACAAUGGCGGUGAAUGGAAAAACACCUGAAAACUAUAUCAAGAAAAACCUCAAACGCUUUUGAUCCAUGCCAAGUCCCAGGAAAGGUGUAUACAGGUCUGAGACAGAGUCUGAUAUUGAUCUUGGCUCAUAUCAUCAAAAAAGAUUUGUUCUUGCAAUGCCACAACAAAUUACAGGGAUGCAAACUCAUGAGGGGCGAAAAAGUGCGUCCUCUCAGAGAGGGAACAGCAGACCCAUACGCUUUGAACCUCCAAUGCUGGACUUUCAUGAACAGCCAGUUGGGAUGCCAAAAAUGGAAAAAGUUUACUUACAGAAUCCAAGUUCAGAAGAAAUAAGUUUAAUAUCAAUAUCAGCAACAACAUCACAUUUUCAUGCAUCCUUUUUUCAGAAUAGGAUAAUUCCACCUGGAGGCAACACCUCGUUUGAUGUGGUGUUUCUAGCUCGAGUAGUAGGGAAUGUAGAAAAUACCUUAUUUAUUAACACAUCCCAUCAUGGAGUGUUUACAUACCAGGUGUUUGGUGUGGGCAUCCCAAAUCCCUACAGACUCAGGCCCUUUGUAGGGGCCAGAGUUCCAGUAAAUAGUAGCUUCUCGCCACUCAUAAGUAUCUUCAACCCACAUAGUGAACCACUCCAGGUUGUAGAAAUGUAUACCAGUGGAGGAGACCUACAUUUAGAGCUGCCUACUGGACAGCAGGGUGGCACGAAACCAUUAUGGGAGAUUGCUCCAUUUGAGACUAAGGGUGUUAUGAGAGCCAGCUUCUCUUCUCGAGAUGCUGACAACCACACAGCCUUCAUCAGAAUUAAAACGAAUGCGUCCAACGAGGACGAGUUUAUCAUCCUCCCUGUGGAGGUAGAAGUCACCACAGCACCUGGAAUAUACUCAUCCACAGAGAUGCUGGACUUUGGUACGCUUCGAUCGCAAGAUCGACCAAAACAACUGAAUUUGCAUCUGUUAAAUUCAGGAGCAAAAGAUGUAUCGAUCAUGAGUGUUCGGCCAACUCCAUCUAAUGAAGCUGUCUCAGUUGAGUUCAAGCAAAUCACGCUAAAAGCAGGAGAGAGCCGAUAUACCAAAGUCGCAAGUAUUAGUUUUGAUGCUUCUAAAGCAAGAAGAUCAGACCAGUUUUCUGGGAAAAUAACAGUGAAGGCAAAAGAGAAAAGCUACUCAAAACUUGAAAUCCCUUACCAAGCUGAGGUUUUAGAAGGGUACCUGGGCUUCGACCACACAGCCACCCUGUUCCACAUCAGAGACAGCCCAGUAGAUCCAGUGGACAGGCCCAUCUACCUCACCAAUACCUUCAACUUUGCCAUACGCAUCCACAAUGUGUCCCUGCCUGAGGAGGCCAAGACCAUGUUCGAUGUGCUUAAUUUCAGUACGCCAGUACUUAUCCCUCCCAAUGAGUCGCGCUACAUUUUCUACCUUCUGUUUCGACCAGUACGACCCUCCAUCCACAUUGACAGCAACAUCCUCCUAAUCACCAAUGCAUCUAAAUUUCACCUGCCAGUCAGGGCCUACACAGGCUUCCUGGAGCCCAUUGUUCUUCCUCCUUGUCCUCGAGAGCACAUUUUGGACUUUGGUGUCCUAAGUGCCACGGACACCAGCAGUUUGGUGUUUGUGGUGGUCAACAGCAACCCAAUAGAGAAGAAAGUCAUACGGGUGUGGAAGGACAUAAGGUUGGAGAUAAAGUCAUGGUUGGUGACAGGAGAUAGUCUGUCAAUGGAGUUGCUUAACACAGAAAGAGGGAACAGAAGUGUAGCACUGAGCAGAAUCAGAGAACUCCAAAACACCUCGGCUGCUCAGUACAAAACUGUAAUCUUAGCCUCGGGCUAUUAUGCAGCGUUUAAAGUCACUUUGGUGGCUAAAGCUUUAGAGGGAGUCUAUGAUGGAGCUGUACACAUUACAACAGACUAUGAGAUAUUGACCAUCCCUGUAAAGGCUCUCAUAGCAGUAGGAACUUUAAGCUGUUCACCCAAACACAUCAUUCUUCCCCCUUCCUUUCCGGGAAAAGUAGUUCACCAAGGGUUCAGCAUCCAGAGUUCUUUUUCACAGAAAGUAAGGCUUCAACAAAUUCGUUCUCUCACUGAGGACGUCCGGUUUUACUUCAAACGACUUCGCAAUAACAAAGUGGAGUUGGAACCCAGACGAAAGUCCAAGAUAGCAAACAUUUAUUUUGAUGCCAGCUUGCAUUGUGGUGAUCACUGUUAUGUGGGAUUGCCCUUUGUGCUGAAAUCGGAGUCCAGGCCUCAUGGUUUGGUUAUGCAGGAGGACAUAUGGGAUGCUGAUGUAGAUCUACAUCAGCGCCUCCUGAAAAGAUGGAGAGAGCUCAAAGAGCAGUCAGGCCUUGAGGUUGAAGCUUUUUUCGAAGUGAACACAGAUCUUCAGAAGAACGUGCAGGCCAGAAUCUCAGCACAGCUUACGUGGCCCUCGCUGGUCAACUCAUCACAACAGAUUCAUUUCCCUCUCACAAACACCAACAGCUCCUCGGAAGAAGAAGUGAUUCUAGAAAACCCUGCUGACGUCCCAGUCUAUGUUCAGGUUCUUCCUGUGGCUUUUUACCCGAAUCCCUCAGUGUUCACAGGAAAACUUGCUGAUAGCUUCCCUUUAGAAACGUUGUCUAACAUCAACAUUGACAUAAAUACACUGGAAUUUCAGGUCCAGAAAAACCAAUCUUCAGUAAUGAAGAGCUCCACAGGAUUUGCUGAAGGAUUGAUUCGGCCCUAUGUAUACAACUUACUCCUUAUGCCUGGGGAGGUGAAGUCCUUCAAUGUGAGAUUCAGACCCAUCAACAAUCACAGUGUCUCCUCUCUGCUGGUUGUCAGAAACAACCUGACUGUAGUAGAUUUGAUCAUGGUCCAUGGUCAAGGCACCACAGAGAGUCUGAAGCUAGCUGGUAAAGCCCCAGGUCUUGGCAGCUCACUAAGGUUUAAACUUACAGAGACAUUCCUCAGAGACUGUUCAGAAGUCAAAUCCAAGGAACCAAACUUUACUCUUCGAAGGACUUUCAGGCUGGAGAAUACAGGGCUUCUCCCAAUUUACACCCGAUCUAUUGAGAUCAGUGGCAAUGCAUGUGAGGGCUAUGGAUUCAAAGUUCUCAACUGUGAAGAAUUUGCACUCAACCCAAACACUUCAAAAGACCUCAUCAUACUGUUUACACCAGAUUUCACAUCAUCUCGAGUGAUCCGGGAGCUGAAGUUGGUGACUGCGGGGGGCUCAGUAUUUGUGUUCAUGCUGAAUGCCUCAUUGCCGUAUCAUAUGUUGGCAGUGUGUGCAGAGACUCUUCCCCGACCCAGCUGGGAGCUUGAGCUAUACAUCAUCAUCUCCCUCAUUAUGAGCUCCAUGUUCCUACUGGUCAUCGCCACAGCCUAUCUGGAGGCCCAAGGAAUAUGGGAGCCCUUCAAACGACGGUUGUCUAUAGAAUCCAACUCUCCCAUGGAGACUGGAAAACCAUUUGACCUCAGGGAAAUUGUACGAAUUCAAAGUGAUGCUAACUUGAAUGAUUUUGCUGACUCAAACCAGAACUCCACAAGAGGAAUGUACGGGUCAGGCGGUGGCGGGCGGGUUGGGGGUCGGCAAAGUGGUCCGAACUCCAAUUCCAAUGGCAUUCUGCCAGACAGCAAGCCCAGAUCUGGUUCAGGCCGCUCUGGAUCUAUGCACUCCUCCUCCACCUUUUCGCUCAAUAAAGAUAGUGGCCAGGGACUCAACCAGCUGACAAACCGUAAGGCCCGGAAUUUCAAGCAGCAGCAGCAGCAGCAGGGCUCAGGCCUCCAUGAGGACCUCCAGAGCUCAGGACCCUCACAAUCCAACAGGUCCCACAGUACAGAGGAUCAUGAUUACAACAGACUCCUGGUUGCCAUGGAUAAAGACCUUGACAGGCCUGAGUCUCCUGCCAUUAAUGUGUCUUCUGAACAGAAUUCACAACAGUCAUUACAAAACAAAGUGCUUGAAAUAAAAGGGAAAGUGAAGAAUAAAACAAAAGCUCUUAAAAAGAAAGAGGAGAAAGAGAGGAAAACAAAGGGAAAGACUCAAGGAGAAGAUUCAAAAGAGCCACUGGCAGACAUUGAUGACUGCUCCUCUACAACCACAGAGACCUCUAACCCAGACGUGGAGGCCAAUAUUAAAGAGGAGCCAGUGAAGGCGAAAGGAAAAACAGUGACAAUGGACAAUGGAAAAGAAGAAAUUACUCCCUCCCCCACCAAACCAAAAAAUAAGAAACAAUUAGCCACAAAGAAGGAGAACCAAGUGGAGAAAUCCAGUUCUCUAGAACUCCCUUACGUCACCCCCCUGGAAAAACAGGAUAAGCGCAAGACCUUCACAAAAACCCUGGCCAAUACAGGACUUCACAGUGUCUCCAAACCACGGGCUCUGAGCAAAAUGGUCAGUGGGAAAAUGGGGGAUGAGCGUCCAUUGUCACUUGGAAAGUUUUUAUCCAAUGGCACCAUGCAGGAGCUGGGCCAUAGCAGUGGAUCAGAAGGGGAGAAAGAGUCUCCCCCACCAGAAUGGGAUGUUCCCCUCAGCAAAACUGGCAACCAAGCAGACAGUCUUCAGCAGAUAUCUAUGCAGACCAUGUAUGCAGACCCCUUCCUGAAAGGACCUAAUUCAGUUAUCUCCAGAACUUGUUCCCCACCCCCAACCUCCCCGAACCUGGUGGCUCGUGGAAGCUACAACAGUGUGUUCCACAUCAGCAGCGAGGCUAAUUUAAAGAAGGCUCCAGGGAAUAAGCUCACCAAUUUGGCCUCCCUGCCUGGUCAAAAUGGAAAUCCAACUUUUGCAGCUGUAGCUGCUGGCUAUGACAAAAGCCCUGGUGGUAGUGGCUCAGGUAAGAUGGAUGGCCUGGGGAAAAUGGCACUAUCUCACAUGACAUCAGUGGAGAGUGAUGGUUCUGACAGUUCUGGACUGUGGAGCCCAGUGGACCACACCAACAGCCCCAGUUUUGGUCAGGUUAAUGCUUUCUCUACUUUUGGACCCAACAACCCGCUCAACCUCUCUGGAGUUUUCAGAGGCAUGACUGUUCCAAAAUGUUCAGAGCCCCAGCAGAGUUGGUCUGAUUACACUCCAGUAUCCCCAUCCAUUUGGGAUACUGAGCCUUCUAAUUCUUGGGCUAGCAGCACUGGAUCUCCAGCAACUCCAACAACUUCCAUUUUGGGGAAUGCACGCAGUCCCUGGUCCUUCAGCAGCUCCAUCUGGUCUACAGGCAACGACUCCACUCUGCACUCCUUCAACCCUCCUACUUCCUCCACUCUCACUAACAUAGUCAGCCACACUGCGCCACCCACACCUUCCCCCAAUGACAUGGGCCACUCCUACAACCCUUGGAGCAUGGGGUGGUCUCCCUCACUAAAUCGCUGGAACUCUGAGCCAUGGCCAAACAGCCCAGACAACAACAGCAUCUGAGACAGAAUAGCCCAAUUGAGCGACAGAAAGUGCAAUGGUUUCUAAUCUUAUUUUAGUUCUCCUGGUUAAACAGUACUUUGUGUACAGCAAGAUUAUUUUAAUGAUGAAAAGUCAUAAAUUGUAAUGGUAAAAAUGUACACUGGAAAUCCAGUGUUGCAUUUCCAAGUCCCCCUCAAAAUUCAGACCUAUUUAUAUUGGUGGGGUAUAAUACAAAUUGCCUUAAGUUAAAUUUUAAAUGACAUAAUGAAUGAAAGAUUGAAGACAUUGGCUGAAUGCUGUCGCCCUUGUAGGGAUGAUUUUCUUUACGAUUUUAGAGAUUUCCUGUUUUGAGUAAUACUGCAUUGUUUGGAAUUAAAGUAUAUGUCCCAGUAUUACUUUGUUUAAAAUGCAAGAUGCAGUGUUACUCAACUUUAAAAUAAGCACUUUGCAUAAAACCCCACUCUUACAGAUCUAUUAUUUUGGUUAUUUGAGUGCAUUUGGCCACAAUUGUUGGUCCACUUAACGUUCAGAAAGGGGUACGACAAUAAUUUUCAUGUUAAUUAGGACCGUAAUGUCGUCUUCCCCCUUUAAGUCAAAGCCAAAUGGUAAAAGCUUUAAGGAUUUGAGAUUUUAUUUUUAAUUGACCUACACUUAAAGUGAAAAGCUUUAUUUGCUGAAAUUGGCUUUUAAUUUGACCGAGAUUCCAUACAUUUUUAUGUGCAUUCAUUUGUCCCUUAAAGAGUGAAAGAUUGCUCAAAUUGGUUGAAAUAAACAUAUCAGGCUGGAA